AUGGGGUUGCGGUGCAAGGCCCUGUGGAUGGUCUGGCUACUGGCACCCCACUCUAGUGUUGCGGUGCAAGGCACUCUGGAUGGAAGGAUUACUUGUAGACCAAGGGGUUGGAGGUUUGGUACCUGGAAUGUAGACACGUUGACAGGAAGGAGUUUGGAAGUGGUGGAGGAAUUGCAGAGGAGAAUGGUUGACGUGGCUGCAUUACAGGAGAUCAGAUGGAAGGGAGAGGGUACAAGGUUUGUGGGGGCUAAAGGUGGAAGAUAUAAGUUGUGGUGGAAGGGGGAUGAUGGUGCGGGAGGAGUUGGUGUGAUGGUAAGAGAAGAGUUGGUGGAGAAGGUGUUGGAAGUGAGGCGGAAAAGCAAUGGUGUAAUUGUGGUGGUGAUGGUGUUUGGAAAGGUAAUAGUGAGGGUAAUAUCGGAAUAUGCUCCGCAACAAAGUAGGAAGGAAGAGGAGAAAGAUAGGUCAGGUGAGCAUAGGUCAGUGAUAGAUUAUAUAUUGAUAAGGGUGAAGCAUAGAAAGUAUGUAAGGAAUGUGAAGGCGAUGCCUGGUAUGUUGCAGCAUAGUAUGGUUGUGAUGGAUGUGGCAUCAAAAGAAAUGGGGAGGAGGAAGAAGGAUAAGCCUAAAUCAUCAUCCAGUGGUUACGUUAUUCUACUUUCUGAUAAACUAUUUAAUGUUCCAGAGGUCAACUCAAUUAAUGAUUUGGGUUUAAUCAUUGAUUUGAAGCUACAGUUCAAAGAGUAUGUUUACUGCAGAAUAGCCAAAGCCAAAUCAAUGUUACGAAUUUUAGCAAGAGCAGGCGGUCCUAAUUUUUUUUCUGUGGCGUUCGACACGCAAUGGCACUAUGGAAUUUUAUAA